UGACCUUGUGACCUUUGUUGCCAGGGCAUUGUCAACAAAAGAGGACUUGAGAGAAAAGUGGUUGUAUCCUUUUGUAUAUAGUGUGGCAUUUAUGCUACUGGUAGAUACAUAGAUGUAACAAAAUCAUUCCUUGGAAUAAAAGAUACAAAUUUCGCGCAAAAAGAAAACAAAACCACUGAAUACAAUGUCUUCUGAAACACAAGUUAGGCUACCCAGUCUCAAUGGGGGCAUAUACACUGGCAAAUUUAAGGACUGGUCACCAUCUCUUCGUCCAGCAGGGAAGCUGACAGUAUCAGGAGAUACUGCUGAACUAUGUAUGAAACCUAAAAAUGAUAGGCCCCCUUCAGCUGACAUAAUUCGUAGAUUUCGAGCCACUGUUAGACCUGAUGCUGGCCAAAUGAGGGUGUUUUAUGGAAGAGCUCAGGACCCUCACCAACAAUGGGCAGCUGAAAUGACUCAUGGCAUCAAUACAACAUCAUCAAACACAGCUGGAGAACUUGCCAAUCCACCUCCUAAAACACUGUUUAAUCAAAGAAAAUUAGACAGAAAAGAAAAUAUCUAUGCCAGUCAUAUUAGAGCUCCUCUUGGUAUAUCACAUGAACAGUCACAUGGUUUACCUAGAGGACUUAACAGGGACCAGUUUACAUUUGGAAUUCCUACAGAGUUAGAUAUUGGUGCUGGUGGUUUGAUAAAUCCUAACAAGACUUAUGCUGAAGUUGAGGCAGAAUCUGCAGUUGGAAUGGAAUUAUACAGAGAAACACACAAAAACUUUGAUGUUGGAGAAAAACUUCAUCGUGGAUAUACUCAACCUAGUUUCUUCCCAGACAAAAAAUUUGGCAUUCCAACACCUCACAAUAAUGAAGGAAUCAAAGUGAAGAAAACUCUUAAAUGGAUGCACGAAACAGAACAAGAAAAGGCAACUAAAAUUGUAUCCAAACGUGUGGAUGACUUCAGAGAAAGAUCACAACCCAUACUUGGACAAGUGCAUGAUCCAAUUAAAGAUACUCUCAAAGUUGGUCCUGAUCACACCUAUGGUAUAUUAGCCAAACCUGAUGAGUAUGGUGCAGGUGACCUAAUGCAUGGUCGUGCUCCAUCUAAUUACCUUAGAGGAAAGGACAGACAGAGGGGAGUCCUAGCGGCCAUUAGACAACAUCUAAAGAAAGCAAACUUUCAUAAUUUUACCGACCUUGUGCAUGCAUUUAGAUAUUAUGAUAAGGAUGGUAAAGGUGUUAUAGAUAUCAAUGAUUUACGUGAAGUUUGUAUACAGUACCAUUUACCACUGGAACCAGAAUUAUUAGAACAAUUACUGGAUAGUUGUGAUGCCAACAGGGAUGGAGCAAUAGAUUAUGUAGAAUUCUCUAACUUCCUUAACUGGAAAGAUAAAAUGAAGUCAGGACUUCCUGACAAACCAGAUACACCACUUAAUUCUUCAAGAAGUAAAAGUGCAGUUUCAGAUGAUUUAGUAAGAAAAUCUGUACACAGUGCAGAAAGUACUCCCCGCCGAUUGAAGUUACAGAUUGAUAAAGCCAUUGGAGAUCAUAGAACAAGUGCUAAUAUGAUAAACGCUGUUGUUGGAGGAAUCUCUACUAGAGAUUACAGGACCUAUGGUGUACCUACCAUUAGAACAGAUAUACAUGCUCCUAGGAUACGACGUGUGGAUGAUAAUAAGAACUACGGAGAUGAAUCUGAUGCUUACGGCCUUGUUAAUCCAUCUAUCUUUAGCAGACGUCAUGUUUAUGAAAAAGAUUUCCUACUACCCAGAACUAAAGAAGAGCUGAAAUCAAUUUUCCACAAUAUUGGUGUACAGAUGACUGGUGAAAUGUUUGAGCAGGUUUAUAACACAGCUGCUAAUCAGAAUCCUAAAGGUCAUGUGAGUGUGGAGUCAAUCAGAGGAGUUAUUGAUGAUAUCCAAGCUCAUCAAGUUAUGACAGGACAGCAUCCAAUGGCUGUCUAAUUUAAAUCAAAGACUUAAAACGUAUACUUGCAUUAAAGACACUAUUUAUGUAUUGCAAGUAUUUGAUUAAUAAGGAAGAAUUUUACCAUUUGAAAAGGAAUAUAUGUUAAUUUAAAGGCAAACUUUUCAGAUCGAUACCAUAAUCUUGAGAUUUCGAUUGAGUUUUGGCAAUAGGAGUAAAUAAACUCAUUGUUCAGAUUGGUCAGCUAGAUGUACAAACAUUUCAUUUUCCACUAUGACUAUAGAUAAGAUCUUUACUGUAUAAAAACUGCCCUACAUGUGUAGAUGUCAUAGAUAUACAUUUAUAUGUUCCUAAAUGUGGCGUUAUGAAAUGUUUUCUUCUUUUCAUUUAUACAUAUCAUUCAUAAUUUUACAUUAUAUAAAUAAACUUAAAGAAUUGUUGAAGGGUAAAACUAUUUUAUCCUUAGCAUUAAUCUGAUUGCAAGGUGCAGUAUUAUUUCAUUGUGAAAUAACUUAAAUUUAAAUGUAUUUUUUUUUUUAAAUCUAUGCAGAAUUUUGAAGUUUAAAAAUUUCAUAACAAUCAAAGCUUUAAAAUAAAUAUGCAAAUAAUUGUUGAUUAUUAUCCAAUAUUCAAACAGCAUUACACCAAUGAGUAUUAUAGAAAUAUCCCAUGUAUAUGAUAUCUUGUUACUAUUGUAAAUCAUAAUAUCAAAAUGGCUAAUGCAUGCCUGUUUAUAAAUCUCAAGCCUAAUGCUUCUGAGGGUCACACAUUUUGAUUUUAAAAUUUGUAAAAAUAACUGGUGUCAAUAUUUUUUGUAUGAUUUUCAUGAUUUUUACACAUUUUCAUUUUCAAAGCCGUACAUGUAUUUGUUAUUGAGAUGUGAUAAGUAUACAGUUUUAUUAACAUUCCAUUCAUCAUUCCUUUAAAGAGAUUGCAUUUUAUCGUUGACCAAUAACUCAAAUAUAAACUUUUUUUUAUCACAUAUGUUUUCAUACUAUUUUUAACAGCAUAGCACAAUAGUGAUAUAUAUAUAGAAAUAUCAAAAUCACUGAUUUAGCUGAUUUUUUUUUAUAAUUUUGAAGCUUACACCUGUUAGUAUUUUUUAUCAAUUUUAUGAGACGCGUAAGCAUUAAUAUAUAAUGUCCAUUUAUGUAUAAUAUAUGUAGGACAAACAGUAUUUUUAAGCUUUACACUUGAGCAUUAUCAAACAAUGUAUGGUCACUUUUUUCAAAGUAGAUUAACUCUCAAACACAGCGCUAAAUCUCAGCAUUGACACCGCAUAGUAUUAACCCAAUUAUUGUUGUAUACAAAUUUACUGAAUAUGAGCUCCUGAGGGCUUUGAGUUUUUCUAGGCAGAGGUUAAAAAUAGUUUCUCAGAAAAUUGACAGAAAAUUUUAAAGAAAUUACUGGGAAAAUGUUUAUACAUUUAGUGCCAAAAUAAUUUUACCCAGAGACCUAUAAUAUUUUCGCAGCAUUUUAUGAUACAGAAAAUGUUUGAUUAAAAGUAAUGUAGAUUUAGAUCAAAAGCACUUUCAUAUAUCUUUAACAUAUAUAUUUUUAUACCAACUUUACAAAAUUUCAGCAUUCUUAACAAAUGUAUUGAAGCAACAAUUAUGAAUAUUAAGGUGCAGUUAGAUUAUUUUUAUUAGGUGACAGAAUUGCAAGAGGUUUGAAUUUUCUUCACAUAUGUGAGAUAAGUACAUGGAAGGUAUUAUCAAAUUUGUUUACUGUUGUAUUUAAAUUUUUAUAUAUAAACCAAUAAGUAUUAACUUGUUAAAACUAAUAAGACAGUUUCAGAUUUUAAAAUAUGAGUAGAAUUUAAAAUAUUCUAAUUGUAUGAUUUGUAUUUUUCAUUAUACAUUUCUGUUUUAGAAUUUCUUACUCCAAUAUAUAUAUAUAUAUAAUGAGAUGUUAUAUAUAGACUAUAUGCUUCAGUUUUACGUUAGUGUAGUCUACUCCAGUGACCUUUAUAAGUGUCUUCUAUGUAGUAAUCCUAAACAUAGAGAGAGUAGGGUACUUUUCAGGAUAAUUUUGUUGUUAAUAUUUAUUGUUAGACUUUUAGAUAUUUGUUCAUACUUUUUUAUAUCAUUUUUACUGUAGUUUAUUUCAUCAAUUAUAAGUACAAGUACAGGUCCAUCCUUUAAACCUUUCAGUCACACUGUUUGAAAAUCUGAUUAAAUAUCUUGUACUGAAUUUCUGUUCUAAAAAAAAGAUUCAGAUGUAAAGUUUAUGGCUGUACUAAAUGAUAUACAAUUGGAUAUUUUGGAAAUAAAUUUAUUAUCCUAUUUGCAGCUUUUUUAAAGCUAUAUUUUGACUAAGUUUAUUAAUAUUUAUAAAUAAAGCAUUAUGAAAAAUGCAACUCUACAUGCAUUUUUGUAAAUUCUUCAUGUACAUAAAUUCUACAUGUACAUUACUGAUGAUAACAUUUGUUAUUGUUUAUCUGUGAUUCUACAUGUACAUUACUGAUGAUAACAUUUGUUAUUGUUUAUCUGUGAUUCUACAUGUACAUUACUGAUGAUAACAUUUGUUAUUGUUUAUCUGUGAUUUCUCUUUGUUGAUUGUGAAGUUUGUUGAUGUAUGUAUGGUAUGAUUACUAUUAAAGAAUUAUAAAAUA